AUGCAGAGUUCACAGUCUACUUCAAAAAUGGAGGACAAGGAAGAGUUUCAGAUUGCUGUUGAUUCUCCAGAAGUGGAAAAGCCAAUUAGUGAACCAAGACGUUUUGCUUUGCUUGUAGCAGGAGUAUAUGGAUGCAUUGCCGUAUCCCUUACUUUUGGAUUCAAUAUAUUCAGUGGGGAUUUGCAACAAAUGUAUAAGUUUACCCAAGCCGAUAUGACAACAAUUAGUACAGUUGGAAUUGUCUUUGCUUAUUUUGGUAUUCCAUAUGCUUUUGUAUAUGAUUACUUGGGUGUUGUUCCUGUUCUGGUGCUGGGGUUUUUUCUAAUCACAGUUGGUGCACUAUUUAUGGGGCUUACAUUUGCUGGCAUUGUUUCCGGUUCGGUGGUGCGUUUGUGUGUAUUUAAUGGUAUAUUUAACUUUGGUUCUGGAUUGUACGACCUCGCAUGUGUUGUGACUGUACUUAGUCACUUUCCAACACGAAAAGGUGUGGUUGUAGCGGUGAUGAAGACAUACAUUGGCUUAGGAUCCGCAAUUAUUGGAGCAAUUCAAUUGGCAUAUUUUGAAGGAAAACCGGCACAAUACUUUUAUUUUUUAACCGUUCUUGGUGGUGUUAUUGGUAUUGUUGUAUUGGUGUUGGUACGUCAUCCCCCUUAUGUAUUGACAGAUUAUGAACGACGAACCUUGUCAGAUGAGGAGGCAGAGAAACGUGUAUCAACCAAGGCUAUCUACUUAAAACAAAACCCACCAUCUUUGCGUUUUGCUAUUGGAUUUGUAAUUGUCGUUUUUCUUAUUAUUUUCCUACCAUUACAAAGUGCAUUGGUAGCCUUUAAAAAUCUCUCUUGGGGUUAUCGAAAUGCUUUCGCCAUUGUAGCCAUUUUCUGUACACUUAUUUACCCUAUUGUUGCCAUGCCAUUCAAUUGGCUUAAUAGGAGUUGGAAGUUUUGGCGUAGCACAUCCACAGAUUUGGAGGGCGUUGAAGCUCCGGAAGUGGUUAAUGAUGCCGUUCCAAGUGGAUUAUUACCUUUUGUAGAGGUAGACUAUGUCGCCCCACAGUAUCAAACUCGUUUCUUACAGAGUCUUUGUACAGUGAAGUUGUGGGCUAUCUUUUGGUCACUUUUUUGUACACUUGGAACGGAGUUUGUGGUGAUGAAUAAUUCCCGAUACUUCUUUAAUGCCUUAUCUGGUCAAGAAGUAGAUGACUCUCUAAACACUCUUUUGACAGUGUUAAAUGGUACUGGUAGUGCGUUGGGUCGACUUCUAAUGAGUGCACUUGAGGUAUGGUCACAGGGUCGCAGUGCGGAGAAACGUAUUCCUAUUACUCUUUCAUUAUUCCUUCCAACGAUUACUAUUACCAUAAUGACAGUUCUAUUUCUUACCAUUACAAGCAAAGAUGUUUUACCAUUACCGUACGUUUUGGGAGCAUUAGGAAAUGGUAUUAUUGCAGCUGUAACUAUUCUUGUAGUAAAUACAAUAUAUGCAAAAGAUCCUGGUUUACACUAUAAUUUUUGUUUUUUUGCUACAACGUGUUCAUCUAUUUUACUAAAUCGAGUUUUGUAUGGUGAAUGGUACACACGGGAAGCAAAUAAACGUGGUGUUGCAAUAUGUUUGGAUCGUGGUUGCGUGCAAGUUCCUUUGCUUGUAAUGCUUGGGUUAAAUAUCUCGGCAUUUAUCGCCAAUGGUUAUGUACACUGGGAGUAUGUUAAAUUGAAUCGUCGUGCUUUGGCAGAUCGUCAACGUAUGUUAGAUGAACGAAUGGAUGCUGUUGUGGAUGAUGAAUUUAACAAUUCUAUGCUUAUGGAAGAUAUCGAUACACACAUGAAAAGGCAUCACACACUUUCUUCAAUGCCAUCACAGGGGAAUAUGGACCUUCACCAGCCUUCACCGGCAUCACGAAGCGGGGAAAUGGGAACACUUCGUGAAGGUGGAAUAAAUCUUAAUAGGAAAAGUAGUGAAGGUGUGGUGUUCAAAAAUAAUGGUACUCCAUAA